GAAUGGCAUCGCCUGAAACACAUUUUCGCGGGAAAUUCCAGUGUCUCAACAUACAGUAGACGAGAAGACCACAGCAGCGAGUUGACUUCCUCUCGUCAAUACUAUUAUAUAAGCUUCCAAAUACUAGUAUACGGUACAGCAAAUUGCACCGAGACAGCACAGAGAACACACAGGAACCAAAAAGCCAUGCAGAGAGCGGCGCGUAUGAAGCGAGAGGUGGAGAUGUUUGCACGUGAUCCGCCCCCAGGAGUCUCCUGUUGGUCAAAGGGAGACAAACUGGAUGAGCUUGAGGCUCAAAUACUUGGAGCAGAAGGUACUCCCUACCAUGGUGGUGUGUUCAAGUUGGAAAUACAAGUCACUGAAAGGUACCCAUUCCAGCCCCCCAAAGUCAGGUUUGUGACCCCCAUUUACCACCCCAACAUUGACGACGGAGGAAGGAUCUGUCUGGAUAUUCUCAAGAUGCCUCCUAAGGGUGGUUGGAAGCCGUCUCUGAACGUGUCGACCGUCCUGACGUCCAUCCAGCUGCUGAUGGCAGAACCCAACCCUGACGAUCCUCUCAUGACUGACAUUUCCAAUGAGUUCAAGUUCAACAGACCCUUAUACCUUGAGAACGCCAAACGGUGGACAGAGAAGCAUGCUAUGGACAACACUGCAGGAAACAGUGGGCCAUCUACCUCUAGUACAUCUGGGAAGGAGAACAACCCCCAGAGCAGUGAGAACACAGAGUCUUCAGGUGAGGACAGUGAGAGUGAGGAGGUGAGGAGAGCACCUGCUCCGCCAGGUGUGAACAGACUUAAGAAGAGACCUGCCUUAUCAACCAAGUCUGCAGGGAAGAAACAGUGCACAUGAAGUAGGAGGGUUACAAGUACAAUUCUAGUACUAUAUGGGGUAUACAUGUGAUGCCAUUGGCAUAUCUGGAUUUCAAUGACCCUCUCAAAUUAAAGACCUUAUGGCACCAAAUGUUUCAUAGGGUGGUGCCCAUCUCCAUUUCACUUGCCCUUGGGCCAACCAAACUUGUGCAAUCGCUAUGCAGGACAGGUCGACUAGUAGUGGUGUUUUCUUGAUUACUACAACCAUUCCCAAAUGGCAAUUGCUAUGUGCUAGGCAGAGAAAGCAGUAUGUACCAUUUUUAAGGCCCAGGGAUUGAAGUCACAUCCUACCAUAUGCAAGGUGAAUAUUCUACUCCAGGCCGUUGGACCCUCUCAAAUGAUCUUACCUUUGGAUGCUUACAGCUCAGAGAAAAUCAAAAUAGUGCAAAAAAACAUGGCAAUGAAACACACACAAAAAAACACUGUUAAACCUGAGCUACUGUCAAAAUGCAAAUAAAGACACCAACAUGGUAGUCAGCACCUGUCUGCUUCAUUGCCAUAGAAAGGGAGUGAAAAUGCUCUCUCUCUCUAUUUAUAAUAUAGUAAUUUAAAGUAGAAUCAUACAAAUCCUUCAGUUUUGAACAUUGACCUGUAAUAUCAGCAUUAAGAGGCAAAUGAAAAAGGCAGUUUUCCUAUUUAAGUUUGUUUAUUUCUGUCAAGAAAUGAUAUCCAGAUAUGUAGCAAAAAAGUGUUAUAACACAUACAUGAAUGUUAAAGAUAUUACAGUAUAAGUUUAUAAUUCCUGAACAUAAACUUAAAAGUUUAUGUGUAGGAAUUAUAAAUGUUUGAAAAGUUGUCGUUGAGUAACAUUUAAGAGAAACAUUUUAAAUGGCAUUGAAUAAAAUUAUGAUAUUUUAUGACUGUAGUCUAACUUCUAUAGUCAAGGACAAGUAUACAGUAAGUUUUUUUUCUCUUUCAAGAAAUAAGCUGCGUUGAGUAAUUUACGUAAGAAGCUACAGUCAACAUGUAUUCCAGUAUGAGACUGCAUUGCAAAUGAUACUUUUGAAAAACAACAGCUGUUUUUAAAGUUUGGAUCUACAACAAAUAAAUACCACUAAAAUGAUCUA